UAUUUAUUUAUAUUAGAUGAAUUUUUAUAUAAAUUAAAAACGGUAAUAAAUACGCAGUAAACAAAUAGUGCAGCAGCUGCCCCACAAUGUUUGCAAACCUGAAAAACAAACUCAUCGAAGAGGUGAAAGCGUCGCCGUCCAAAUUUCAACAGCUUGCUGCCCAGGCACAGGCCGCCGUGAGCUCAUCGUCCAGCACAACAACACCAAACAGCUCGGAGAACACCGACAGCGGCAGUGGCAACAAUGAGAAUUUCUUUAGCAUUACGGAGGAGGAUACGCCACAGAAUUCACCUUAUCGCAUACAGAAGCUGCCACGCGUUAGUCGCGCCUCCACGCAGUCGCUAAAUGGAGCUGUCAUGGGCAGCGGCGCCAUACCGCGCACUCGCAAGCUGUCCAACUCAUCAAUGGCCAGUGAUAUAUCCUUUAGAUUGCCUGCCUAUGAUGCGCCAGCAACCUACCACUUGCAGUCGGACUUUGAGGAAACAAGCAGUGAGUUUGAUGAUUCUGCUUCGACGGCACGUUUGGAUGUCAUCACCAAGGAUCAACUGUAUGAUGCAUAUAAAAAGUCUUUGGAUCGCUAUCACAAAUAUCGCUGUCGCUAUACAGACUUGGCCAAGAAGUAUAAGGAGCUUGAGCGUGAUAGCAGCAAGGCGCGGUCAGUGUUGGUGGAGACACAGGAUAAGGCGCUGCGUCGCAUUAGCGAAUUGCGUGAGCAAUGCACGCUGGAGCAGCAGGCCAAGGCGCAUCUGGAGGAGGCACUGCGUGUGGAAAUGGAUGACAUGAGCUGCAAAAUGCAAGCGUAUCAAACUAAGCUCAAGUUGCUGGGUGAGAAUCCCGAGAAUGUUGCAGCAGCAUUGGAGCGCGGGCUGACUGGAGAGUCGGACGAGCAGUUAAUUGACAUAGAGGAGGCUAGCAUCAAUACCAAUGGCAACUCAUCGUCGGAGCAGUUGCAACAAUUGUUGGCCAAGCAUGAGCUGGAAUUGAAGCAACUGCGUGUGCACAACGAGGAAGCUAACAACACCAUUGCUGCCUUGCGCAAACAGGAAGAGGAAAAUGUGUUGCUGCUGGCGCAAACAAAGCAGGCUAUACACACAGAGCUGGAACACAAAGAAACGGAAGUGCGUCAAUUGCAAGAAAAGUUGAAGCAACUAGAAACCGAUUUGGAGCUGGCGAGCAAGCGUGAAACGCAGCGCAACGAGUUGCAAGAACAAUUGAAAAAGUUGCAACAAAGCAAACAGGAAGCGGAGGCGAAACUCAUUGCCGCAGAGCAUAUGCUAAGUACGCUGAAAAGCGAGCAGCAGGACAAGGGCACGCAUUCAAAGAAACUAGUGGAGCAGUUGGAGCAGCGGCAAGUGCAGCUCAAGCAGCUGCAGAGUGAGAAGGAGAAGGCGGAAAAGCUGCUGGAGACGCUGCAAAGUGAGCAGCAGUUGGCCAAGGAACAGUUGAAAGAGCAAAUGCAAAAGAAUAGCGAAUUGGAAGAACAACUUAAGCAAAUGAUAACGCCGCAAGUGCAUGAAGAGAAGGAAAAUCUUGGCAAGGAACAGCUCAAGCAGCUGCAAAGCGAAAAGCAAGAAGCUAUGAAACAGCUGGAGACGCUACAAAGUGAAGCAAAUCAAAAGCUUGAACAACAAACUCAAAGAAAUGUGAAAUUAGAAGAGAAACUUAAAGAGCUAACAAAUCAAAUGGAAAUGCUGCAUGGACAGGCAGAGCAUGAACAGAUGAUUAAAGAGCAACUAAAGCAGCUGCAGGCUGACAAGGAACAAGCUGAGCAACGACUAGAGACUUUACAAACUGAGCAGCUGACAACAAAGGAAAAGCUUAUGGAGCAAACUCAAAGAAAUAAUGAGUUGGAGCAGAAACUUAAUGAGCUGACAAAUCAAAUGGAAAUGGUGCAUGGAAAUGGACAAGAGAAGGAAAAGCAUGCUCAGCAACAGCUGGAACAACUGCAAAGCGAAAAAGAAGAAGCUAAAAAGCAGCUGGAGCAGCUACAAAGCGAGCAACAGGUGGAAAAGGAGCAGUACAAGGAGCAAAUGCAAAUAAAUAGCGAACUUGGGAAGAAACUUGUAGAGCUGAGCAGCGAAUUGAAAACGUUGCAAGCAAACGUGGAGCAAGGUAGCAUUGUUAAGAAACAGCUGCAAAACGAAAAAGAGGAAGCUGAGAAGCUUUUGGAGACGCUGCAAUCUGAGCAGGAAGUGACAAGGGAACAGUUUAAGGAGCAUGCGCAAAAGAAUAGCGAAUUACAAGAGAAAGUUCAAGAGCUAACAAGUGCAUUGGAGGCUUUUAAAAUGCAUGAGGCAGAGGAAAAGCUUGUGAAGCAACAGCUGAAGCAGCUGGAGGCGCACAAAGCGCAAACGGAUGAGCAAGUGGCAAGCCUAAAGGAAUUGCAACUGGAAACCGCUGCCAACAAGCAGCAGCUAACGCAGCUAGAAAACGAAAAGCAAGGAGCUGAAGACAAGCUUAAAGCCUUGCAGUUGGAACACGAGCUUAAGCAACAACAACUGGCGCAGCUUGAAGCCGAAAUGCAGACGCUGAAGCUUGACAGCGAGCAGAGCAUGCAAGACUUGAGUUUGCAAAACAAACAGCUCAAUGAAAUGUUGCAACGUUAUCAGCAAAAUGAAGCAACGGCUGAGCAGUUGCAGCAACAAUUGCAGACGGCACAGCAGCAACAGGAAGUGCAGCAGGCGGCAUAUGAAACGCUGGAGGCUGCGAAGUUGGCGGCUGAAGCGCAGUUAGCAACGCUGCAGCAACAACAAGCUAGCAAUGCCAGCAGCGAGUUGCAAGCAACGGAAACGUUGCACAAACAGCUGGCGGGCAAAGAAAAAGAGCUCAAAGCGCAGCUAAACAAAUUUAAUAAACUGAAAAAACAGCACGAGCAGUUGCAAAGCAAACACAGUGCGCAAAGUGAAAGCCUGCAGCAGCUGCAGAGCGACUUGCAACAGUUGCCAGUGUUGCGUGAAGAGAAGCAACAACUGCAGCAACGCGUCAACGAAAUACUCGCCGAGAUAGAUAAUAUGCAAAUGCAUUUGACGCAAGUACAGAGUGCGCAUGCCGAGCUGGAGCGUGAGAAGCAGCAGCUGGAGACGCGCAUAGAUGAGCUGCAGCAGCAGCAUCAAGCGCAGGCCUCAAGCCAAGUGGAGCAGCUGCAGCGUGAGGCAAGCAAGCUGCUGGAAAGCAACACGCUGUUGCAGGAACAAAACGAGCACUUGCAGCGGCAGCAGGAGGAGCUGGUCAAGUCACAAGCCAAGUUGCAACAAGUGCUGGACGAGCAUUCGAAGCUGCAGAAUGCGCAGGAAAUAAUGGAGCACGAUCAGCGCACGUUGCAGGACAAAUGCGACAACUUUGAGAAGCAACAGCUGCUGACGCAAGACGCACUCGAGUGUGAAAAGCAGUGCAAAGCUGAGCUGGAGUUGCAGCUGCAAGAGCUGCAGACGCAGUUGCUGACGUCGCGUGAGCAGCGGCUGGAGUUGCAACAAAAGCUGGCGGAGCAAACGCAUGACGAGCAGCUUUUGUCGCUAAACGAAACGGUGCUAAAUUUGCGUCAACAGCUGAGCGAGCUACAGCAGGCAGAGCUUGUCAUGCAGCAAAAAAUGCAAGCAGCUACAGCAGCGCAGGCGAAGCAGCUCGAAACGCUUGAGGCGCGCUGCACUGCAGCCAAUGCAGAUGUGCAGCGACUGCAACAGGCCAAUGAGGCACUGCAGCGUGAGUUGGAAAAAAGCAAAAACGCUGCGCCAGACACCGAGCAGCUGAAGCUGGAAAUUGAGUAUUUAAAUAAGCAUGCCAAGCAGCUGGAGGCGGAGCUGGCAGCGCAGGAUAAGGAUAAGCUUAAAUCGCUGCAAUGUGAGCUUUAUGUGCUGCAAGAGCAGGUGGAACAGCAUGCCAGCGAGCUGUCCACAAAGCAGCAACACAGCGACGAACUGCAAGCGCAGCUAACACAGCUGCAACUACAACUGGAGCAGCAGACGCUGGAGCUGACGCGUCAAAGUGAACAUGCGAGCUUUGUAAGCGAACAAAACGAUGCCGUGCAAAAGGAAUUGCUCAACACACAACAAACGUUGCAACAAAGUCAAGCGGAGCAGCAACAAGCGUCGCAACGCUGCACGCAGCUGGAGCAAGAACUCAGCCAGGCUAAGAGUGAAUCACAAGCAGCGCUGCCGCAUGAUGCGGAACAGCUGCGUAAGCUCAAUGAACAGUUGCAGUCCGAACUGGAGCAGCUGCAGCACAAGUCCAGCAACGAGCAACAGGAUUUGCAGCAUGAGCUGGAUGAACUGCAAGCCAACAACAAAGAAAUGGCCGAACGCAUCAAUGAGCUGGAAACACUGCGCGCCGGCAUACAAGCGCAGCAGCUGCUGGCCAGCUUGGCGCCCAAGAGCGUGCAAGAUGCGCUGGCCAACGAUGAGAAGUCGCAGCUGGAGGCCAAGCUCAAGGAGAUUAUGCAUGAGGUGCAGGAUGUCAACAAUCGCAAUUUGUUCCUGGAACAAAAGUGUGAGAACUUUCUCAUACUUGAGCAGUCCAAUGAGCGGCUGAAGCUGCAAAACGCUAAGCUGUCCAGGCAAUUGGAUGAGACUUUGGUUUCCAUGCAACAUAGCGAUAGCGUGCCAGCUAAUACAGAAUUUGAAUAUUUGCGCAACAUUAUGUUUCAGUAUUUAACGGGCAACACGAACAAUGAAACGCUUGUCAAAGUCAUAGCUGCAGUACUGAAAUUUUCACCGCAGCAGUCACAGGUGGCACUCGAAAAGGAGCACCAGCGACGCUCACUGUUGAACAAGAUACUAUAGCAGGAGCUUUUGUCGUUGGACAGUGCAGAUCAGACGCAGAUCGACGCUAGCAUGCACCUUUAUCUUAAUCUUUAAGUUUUUAGGCCAAGUUCACAUCAAGUACCUUACAACCUGCAGGCGACUAGUUGUCCCACCUGUUGCAGCAGGAGCAUUUCUACUUGAUGGAUUAAAUCAAUGUACAGUUUCGCGUAUAGUUGUAAAUUAACUAAUUUAUGUGCACUACUCAUGUGUUUAAUUAGUGUUUAAAUGUUGUUGCUUGUUAGCUUGAGACACCCCAAACCAUUUCCAACUUCAUGUGCAAUCUAUAAGUGUGUGUAUGUAUUUCAUUUCCAAUCCAAAUUAAUGUUUAGUUUUAAGCGAAAAAUUUGUACAUGCAAACAAAAUACAUAAACUUAAUUUGCAGUUUA